CUCUACCAACCACCAUAUUGUAUCCUCCCAUUACUUGAUCGACCAGCAUCCCAAUCCAUGUCACCAUGAUCGACCGAUCAUGCCAUUCAUUGAAUCAGAUCGACUCCUCUGGGUCACCGUUCUCAUAGGCUUGAGCACAGCGUACUUUUCCAUCCCCAGGCUCCUCAACCGAGUCAAAGAUGCAUCAAGGGCACCACCACUAGAUGCUGCCGUCGCCCCGGCCAGGCAACUGCAGAAAGACUCUGAAAACUCGUUGAAGAUCGAAACUCUACGUACGUUGGUCGAUGGCCACAGUUUUGAUAUACGGACUUCGGCAAUCAAGAUCGUCGCCAGUCGAACAGUGCGGUCGGAAACCGUGAAGAAACUCCUGUUGCGAGAUCUGGCUUCGGAUGAUUUCGAUCGACGCGACAAUGCUAUCAAUUCUUUAUCAAUGCUUCUGUGGCAUCCGGCGUUGGAUGGUGGGAUUUCUAGUGCAUUUAACAGUGUCGCUGCGAUUGAUGCUGUCAUCAGUGCUUUGAUUCAUAUGUUACCUCUGCAUCAGAGGAAUAGCAAUGGCCGUACCAAUGUCGACGACAGUGAUAAGAACAACGGGGAAAGCAACGACAAAGGCAUAACCAACAACAUGAAAAAUCCACAAUCACGUCCCUCUCGUCCCUCUCGUCGCAUUCUCCCCCCCUCCCCUCUCCGGCCUCUCCACCGCCCGUCUCACGAAACAGCUCUCCUGAAAAUCCUCACCACCAUCCUUCGCCAAGUUACCAUGGGAGUUGAUGCAUCUGGGGCCGACCUCUCACCCGUCAUACGACGCAUGAUCACCGACUGGCUAGCUCACUACCCAUUCCCCUGCAGUCUACCUGAAUACGCCAAUUUCAACUACAAGAAACGCGACGUCAUGCGUUUAUUUAUUCUCAUGCCCGGCGAGGAUCCAGUCAUGGCUGAGAUUUUCAAAGAACUGCAGAAAUACUCGGGUUUACUACGUCCUUUGAGAGAUGCAGGUCUGUUGGGUCACCCCCCCAUGUCGGAUUAUUCUAGCGGUGGAUGUCGCCAAUAUCAGUGGAACGUUCAGCCGUGGUUCGAUGAGGACAAUGAUGUGCAUAUGACGGAUGGUGAGGAUACGGCGGGGGAAGCGUCGGGAGGAGAGGUUGGUACGACUGGUAGCGCUGCUGGUAGUGCUGCUGAUGUUGAUUCUGGCGGCGACCGCGACGGUGAAGGCGACCACACCAACCACGGCGGCGACACUCCGAGCUGGAGUCUCGGUCCCACUGCGGCUCGCGCUGGCGAGAGAAGUCUCGAAGAGGAACAUCUACGUCGACGUCAUCGCCAGGCCAUCGUCGUCGCUGAAAGGGGUACUCCUUUAAGCAGAGACAAUAUCCUCCAGCGCGAAGACAGUCGUGUUGGAUUACAGCCUAUGGCGAGUGGUUCAGCAGAGGGUGAAGGCGAGUUGAACCAUUUAUUGGAUUUGUCGCAGGACCAGGAAGAGCACACUGGCACAUCGUCAGAGAGGGCGGCUCUGCUGGGGACAUCGCAUCGCACUUGACCCCGUGUCGAUUGGGUUGAAGAUUAGAUUGAUGGGGUUUGGUGUUCUUCAAAAUAGAAUCCAUCCCUCCGUCUUGGGCUCGAGAUAAUUACUUGAUCAUUCAUACAGCCAGCAAGUUUUUGGUUGGGAUUGAAGCCAUGGUCACGGUUGAUCUGGUCCAAGAUGAUCCUGGUGUCUUUUUAAAGAGGGAUACGUCUGUGACAGGAACAGAGAUUUUUCCGCUUCCUGAAAACCUAG